AUGGCUGUUAAAGCAAUCACCGAUGAAGCUCACUUCCAAACCGAAAUAGCCGCAGCAGGAGGAAAAUUGGUCGUUGUGGAUUUUACCGCAGCUUGGUGUGUACCGUGCCGAAACAUAUCGCAUUUGUUCGAUCAGCUUCCGGCGAAAUAUCCAAAGGCUGUAUUUCUCAAGGUGGACGUCGACAGAUGUACCGUAACGGCGCCGUCCCAGGGCAUGUCGACCAUGCCAAUGUUUAUUUUCUACCGAGCCAGAACAAAGAUUGACCGGAUGCAGGGUGCAGACAUUAAUGGACUUGAAGCCAAAAUACAGAAACUUUACGUCGCCAGCUUGUAUGAAUCUGGAGAAGAUAACGGUCAUGGAAGGUUGGACUUGAACACCUUCAUCCAGAAGAACCAGUGCGAAUGUUUGAACGAAUCGAACGACCACCCGAUGGUGAAUGCGCUCAGUUCUAGCGGUGGUCAUCUGGUGUCCGAUUGUGACGAACAGUUGAUCAUUUCGAUUACCUUCAAUCAGAUGGUCAAAAUCAGUACCAUCUCACGGACCGAAAAAGGUGAGAAUCUUUAUCAAUCAACUAAGCAUAAUCCAUUUCGAUAUGGCCGAAUCGCAAGUUUCGGUGCAGAAUCUAGUACUGGAGCAGAUUGUUUGAGCCGCCGGGAGAAGGAUGGUUAG